AUUUAGCAAGGCUAGGCAGGCGACAGGAGCAAGGUUAAGAAAGUGGAUUCAUUUUGUUACAUGUUUUUUUAUCGUUUUUGUGAUCUUAACUUCAGAUUUGAAUAUUAUUCUUUUAUUCUGAUAUCACAGUUGUCAGCCAGUGAGUUACUGAAUUGCAUAUUCUGAAUUAUCAACAAGGUCGUGGAGGGGACAAGCGCAGAUUUCCCUUAUCAGACACCGGAAUAUCCUAUUUCACUUGCGUUAUUCGUGAGAAGUGAGAACUAGCUAAAAAUGCAAUUUAAAAAAGUGACACAUGUUAUCUUCGACAUGGAUGGAACCUUAAUAGAGACUGAAUCCAUUUAUGAAAAAAUUAUUGGAGGUAUUACCAAAUUAUAUGGUAAAAGAUAUACCGAAGAAUGUCAACAUAAAGUAUUAGGUACCUGUGAAGCAGAUACAGCUAGAAUAGUUGUGCAAGAAUUAGGAUUGCCUAUUACCCCUGAAGAAUUUCUGGUAUUAUUCAAGAAAAAGCACGAAACAGAACUUGCACAAGCAGAGCUGUUACCUGGUGCUGAAAAACUUAUAAAACAUCUCCACGAGAAAGGCAUUCUCAUUGCCGUGGCCACAUCGGCAUCUCAAGAAGCGACACAGAUAAAAAGCAAAAACCAUCAAGAUGUUUUUAAAUUGUUCCAUCAUAUCGUAUGUGGUAGCUCGGAUCCAGCAGUUAAAAAUGGAAAACCAGCUCCAGAUAUAUUUUUAGUAUGUGCUUCUAGAUUUCCAGAUAAUCCUAAUCCUUCCGAUUGCCUCGUUUUUGAAGAUGCCCCGAAUGGGAUCCAAGGAGCUAUCAGUGCUGGUAUGCAAGCUGUGAUGGUACCAGAACCCUACAUUUCCGAAGAACUUAGAAAACCUGCUACUCUCGUUUUGGAUUCUCUGACGCAGUUUAAACCAGAACUAUUUGGUCUACCAGCCAUGGAAUGAGCAAGAACUUUGAAAAGCUGUUACUCUAGUCUUCUAGAAUUCUCAGAUGCAGUUCAAGGCAAAACUGUUGGGUGUAUCUGCCAUAGAAUGAGCGAAUAUCUUUUAACAGUGUUGAUGGAAACAUUUAUUUAUUUAUUAAUAGAUAUUUUUUUAAUAAAGGGCGUAAUUCAAUGUGA